ACAAGUUCUACCGAUACUUCAUCUACUUCUACUGAUACCCCAUCAACCCCGACAACUGACACAUCCACAACUUUAACAGAAUCAACAACCAGUUCUACCGUUACUUCAUCUACUUCUACUAACACCCCAUCGACCCCGACAACUGACACAUCCACAACUUCAACAGAAUCAACAACCAGUUCCACGGUUACUUCAUCUACUUCUACUGACACCCCAUCAACCCCGACAACUGACACAUCUACAACUUCAACAGAAUCAACAACAAGUUCUACCAAUACUUCAUCUACUUCUACUGACACCUCAUCAACCCCGACAACUGACACAUCUACAACUUCAACAGAAUUAACAACAAGUUCUACCAUUACUUCAUCUACUUCUACUGACACCCCUUCAACCCCGACAACUGACACAUUGACAACUUCAACAGAAUCAACAACAAGUUCUAUCGAUACUUCAUCUACUUCUCCUGACACCCCAUCAACCCCAACAACUGACACAUCAACAACUUCAACAGAAUCAACAACAAGUUCUACCGUUACUUCAUCUACUUUUACUAACACUUCAUCAACCCCGACAACUGACACAUCGACAACUUCAACAGAAUCAACAACAAGUUCUACCGAUACUUCAUCUACUUCUCCCGACACGCCAUCAACCUCGACAACUGCUACAUUAACAACUUCAACAGAAUCAACAACAAGUUCUACCGUUACUUCAUCUACUUUUACUGACACUUUAUCAACCCCGACAACUGACACAUCGACAACCUCAACAGAAUCAACAACAAGUUCUACCGAUACUUCAUCUACUUCUACUGACACCCCAUCAACCCUGACAACUGACACAUCCACAACUUCAACCGAAUCAACAACAAGUUCUACCGUUACUUCAUCUACUUCUACUGACACUUCAUCAACCCCGACAACUGACACAUCCACAACCUUAACAGAAUCAACAACACGUUCUACUGAUACUCCAUCUACUUCUACUGACACCCCAUCAACCCCGACAACUGACACAUCCACAACUUCAUCAGAAUCAACAACAAGUUCUACCGAUACUUCAUCUACUUCUACUGACACCCCAUCAACCCCGACAACUGACAUAUCCACAACUUCAACAGAAUCAACAACCAAUUCUACCGUUACUUCAUCUACUUCUACUAACACUCUAUCAACCCCGACAACUGACACAUCGACAAUUUCAACAGAAUCAACAACAAGUUCUACCGAUACUUCACCUACUUUUACUGACACCCCAUCUACCCCGACAACUGACACAUCGUCAACUUCAACAGAAUUAACAACAAGUUCAAUCGAUACUUCAUCAACUUUUACUGACACUUCAUCAACCCCGACAACUGACACAUCGACAACCUCAACAGAGUCAACAACAAGUUCUACCGUUACUUCAUCUACUUCUACUGACACUUCAUCAACCCCGACAACUGACACAUCGACAACCUCAACAGAAUCAACAACAAGUUCUACCGAUACUUCGUCUACUUCUACUGACACCCUAUUAACCCCGACAACUGACACAUCCACAACUUCAACCGAAUCAACAACAAGUUCUACCGUUACUUCAUCUACUUCUACUGACACUUCAUCAACCCCGACAACUGACACAUCGACAACUUUUACAGAAUUAACAACAAGUUCUACCAUUACUUCAUCUACUUCUACUGACACCCCUUCAAACCCGACAACUGACACAUUGACAACUUCAACAGAAUCAACAACAAGUUCUACCGUUACUUCUUCUAUUUCUACUGAUACUUCAACAACCUCGACAAUUGACACAUCGACAAUAUUAACAGAAUUAACAACAAGUUCUACCGAUAUUUCAUCUACUUCUACUGACACCCCAUCAACCCCGACAACUGACACAUCGACAACUUUAACAGAAUCAACAACAAGUUCUACCGAUACUUUAUCUACUUCUACUGACACCCCAUCAACCCCGACAACUGACACAUCAACAACGUCAACAGAAUCAACAACAAGUUCUACCGAUACUUCAUCUACUUCUGCUGACACGCCAUCAACCCCUACAACUGACACAUCGACAACUUUAACAGAAUCAACAACAAUUUCUGCCGAUACUUUAUUUACUUCUACUGACUUUCCAUCAACCCCGACAAUUGACACAUCGACAACUUUAACUGAGUCAACAACAAGUUCUAUAGUUACUUCAUCUUCUUCUACUGACACCCCAUCAAUCCUGACAACUGACUCAUUGACAACUUUAACAGAAUCAACAACAACUUCCGUUGUUUCCUCAGUUAUUUCUCAUACCUCCACCUCAGUAUUUACUGCUAUUCCUGAAAGGUAUUCUUGUCCCUGUUUACUAUCAUUUUGUGAGAACCACUAUAAAGAAACCUUUUGUUCACUUGUAUAUGAAUCGUGUGGAAAUAAAAACACUUCAACACUUUCAUCUACAGCUUUAUCAGCAUAACCUUCUGGAAUUGUGGCAAUUUUAUUUAACAUAAUAUUAUGUUGAAUUUUUAAAUUUGUUUUGUUAAUAUCUUGAAGAACUUUUGUUU